UUUUUCUUUGCUGAUAUUUAAUCCAGAAGUUUUUUUUUUAAUGCGAACCUUCUUCUUGCUCUGCAAGAAGCCCAGCUUGGUCAUAAGCCCAGCCUUCCUCUUCCUCCCCAUCGAACUCCACGCUCCGCCGUCUCCGCGAACCUCGCGACUCCGGCCAUGUCGAUCUUCGAGUACAAUGGCUCCGCCGUGGUGGCGAUGGUGGGGAAGAACUGCUUCGCGAUCGCCAGCGACCGGCGCCUGGGCGUGCAGCUGCAGACCGUGGCCACGGACUUCCAGAGGGUGUUCAAGAUCCACGGCAAGCUCUACCUCGGCCUCUCCGGCCUCGCCACCGACGCCCAGACGCUGUACCAGCGGCUGGUGUUCAAGCACAAGCUGUAUCAGCUGCGGGAGGAGAGGGACAUGAAGCCUGAGACCUUUGCCAGCCUUGUCUCUGCGCUUCUCUACGAGAAGAGAUUUGGGCCAUACUUCUGCCAGCCAAUUAUUGCUGGACUUGGAGAGGAUAAUGAGCCAUUUAUUUGUACCAUGGACUGCAUUGGUGCAAAGGAACUGGCCAAGGAUUUUGUUGUCUCAGGGACAGCAUCAGAGUCUUUAUAUGGUGCUUGUGAAUCCAUGUACAAGCCAAACAUGGAACCUGAAGAACUCUUCGAGACUAUAUCACAAGCUCUGUUGUCAUCAGUUGAUCGUGAUUGCCUCAGUGGGUGGGGAGGCUAUGUUCUUGUUGUGACACCAACUGAAGUACAAGAGCGGGUGCUCAAGGGCAGGAUGGACUAGAUUAUGCGGCCUAGAGCUUUGUUUCUUCAUCUGCUUUCGAAAUGCCUUGAUGCUCCCUGUUUCUGGUCUCACAGUAGCACAUUUGUGAUUCUGCCUUGUACUGUCAAAGAUGAUGUUGUCAUAUCAUAUUUACCCGUAGAAGAAACAUUUGUUUUAACUGGGCCUUAUGCUUUCUGUGUAUGUCAAGACUUCAGUCAGUCUUGCCCUUCGCCUUGGUUUUAUGAGAUACCGAUUGAUCGAGCAGGA